UUUUGUUUAUUCUGUUGCAGGUGUGGACAUUGUCAGCGUCUGCAACCAACCUGGAAUGAUUUGGGAGAUAAAUACAAUAACAUGGAAAACCCACAGGUCUAUGUUGUUAAAGUGGAUUGUACCGUAGAUAUUCCACUGUGCUCCGAAUUUGGUGUUCGAGGAUACCCAACCCUAAAGCUGCUUAAACCAGGACAAGAACCUCUGAAAUACCAAGGUCCUAGAGACUUACAGACACUGGAAAGCUGGAUGUUGGAGAAACUAAAUGAGGAACCAUCUGAUCUAGGUUCUGAUGUGGAGCCACCAAAAGCACCUGAACCUAAGCAGGGAAUGUAUGAACUCUCAGCAGACAAUUUCAAGAUGCACAUAGCAGAAGGUAAUCACUUUAUCAAAUUCUUUGCCCCCUGGUGUGGUCAUUGCAAGGCUUUGGCCCCAACGUGGGAACAGCUGGCUCUAGCAUUUGAACAUUCGGAAGCUGUCAAGGUUGGCAAGGUUGAUUGUACCCAGCAUUACGAAGUCUGCUCUGAAAACCAAGUUCGUGGCUAUCCCACUCUCCUCUGGUUUAGGGAUGGUGAAAAGGGUGACCAGUACAAAGGAAAGAGGGACUUCGAUUCCUUAAAGGAAUAUGUGGAUUCCCAACUACAGAGCUCUCAGAAAGAGCCACCAGCAGAUAAACCCACUGAAGCUCCACAGCCAUCUGCAGAACCCGCCCAUGUUGAGGCUACAGUGCUCUCCCUCUCCGAAAAAGACUUUGAUGAAACCAUUGCUAAAGGGAUCACUUUUAUUAAAUUCUAUGCUCCAUGGUGUGGCCACUGUAAGAACUUGGCUCCAACUUGGGAGAACCUUGCCAAAGAGCAAUUUCCAGGUUUGACUGAUGUCAAAAUAGCAAAAGUCGACUGCACUGUGGAACGUAACGUCUGCAACAGAUUUUCUGUACGUGGUUAUCCUACACUUCUGCUUUUCCGAGGUGGAAAGAAAGUUAGUGAACACAAUGGAACAAGAGAUCUGGAAGCACUGCAUAGCUUUGUUUUGCGUCAGGCAAGGGAUGAAUUGUAAUAAAAGUCUCGCUGCUCCAUCCCUGGCUGUCUUCGUACAGUAGUGGAGGGAUUUAAAUCAUUGCCAAUUUUCAAAUAGUGUAUGGGGGUACUGGGGCAAUUUUUUUGUUUGUUUUGGGGAAACUGAAUGUAUUAAACAUUGGUAUCUUCCCUCUGUGUGUGUGUUAAAGACAUGUCCUACCCUGUUUGUGAAGGGAAAUGAACAAGUACUUACUGUGCAAAUGGAGAACGUCUUCAGCUUUAGUAGUGUUACUGCAUCUCUGUGUUACUGCAGUGAAGUGUAAAUGGUUUCUUUUGAGACUAAAAUACAUUAGGGGAAGCAGUAAUAUUUUUGUCAUCCGGUUGGAUUUGGUCAAAAAGUAAUCCUUACAAACUGCCCACCAUUACUAGAAAGGUAAAAGCUGCAGCUGUGUUAAAUUUUGCCUCUACAACAGUAGUUAUAACCUAUUUGUCUUAAUAUAGCUGCUGGUUAAGAAAUGGAAAGUCACAGGAGGUUGAAAACACACACACCUUUGGAAGAUACCAGGCCACCAUGAGCUGGUUGUUUCCUGUUAAUCCUCUCAGCAUGGGAGGUCUAGCCAUAAUGAAAGUAAUGGUACUGUAACACGUGCCUGAACGUUACUGAUGCCACAGUGUACAUAUAGCAGAUGGAUUUUUGUAGGCUGCUUCCGUCCAACUCCAGAGGAGUAACUAUGGGCUAUUUAUAUCGAGCUGAAGUGACGCUUCAGCUAUUAUAGGCACUAUUGUAACUACUCCGUUAAUACUAAAUGGUCAGUUAGAUGUUAGAGCUGAUGACAUGAGUUUCCUACCCUCACUGGAAUCCAGACUUUGGGCUGACUUGUUCCCUAAGUAUUCUGAAUAAGGAGCAACAAGUAGUACAAUGUUUAAAUUUUCCAUUCAGCCGUAUUACAGUAGUCUAAAAUAGUUCCCCCUUCCUCUUGAGCCUUAACCUUUUUCCAAGCUAUUACUAUUGAUAUGUUUGGAAUGGUAGACCUAUGCGAUCUGUGUUGCCUUGGAUUAUAAUAUGGAUCUAUUCUUUGGUGCAUAAGAUGUUCCAUGUUAGAUAUAAUUGAAAGCCAAAGAAUUUCCACAGCAGAUAUUGUUAAAAUGCAAUGACAAUAGCAAACCGAGGACUGAAUUCUGCCAUCUCAUGUACACAGAAACUCAUGGAAUGAGUGUGGCUACAGGCUAAUUUGACAGAUCUGUCAAGAUACUGAUUUUUGUCCAUCAUAUGGAGUAGUGUUUGUUUUUGUUUUUUAAAAAAAGAAACAACAAAUUUAUAAAUCAGUAAAUUUCUCUUAGUACUUCACUUGACUGUUUGUCAAGAACCAUUGGUUCUGUUCAAUCUAAAACUGCGUAAGGGGGAAAAAUCCACAAUGAAAGCUAAGUAUUGUA